CAAAGAGAUCAUUUUAGUUGGGUCAAUAGCAACCGACCCGGACCAUAUAUACGCCUCCACACUCCAGAGUCAUCUCCGACGUCUGUUUGCUCUCUCUGCAUCAAUUGGCUCUCCUGGAGUUGGCGGCUGUUUUGGCUCGCGCUUAUAAAACUACGACAAGCGAGUUCUUGACAUUUUCCAUUCGGUCAGAUUGUUCUAUACAAACCCAAUGGUGCAACUUGGUUAAUGCAGAUAACAGCCUUAUCAGCUAUCUUUCAUUCUAUGAGGCAAUUUUUCCACUGAUCCAAAAAGAACCAUGAGGCUCACUGCGCUUGCUAGAUCUUUUCGUGCGCGUCCUACUCUCCCUGAAACAACUGGUCCUUUGCAGUUUCGUUGCUUCCAACCUGAUUUUGUGCCCCGGGAUCCCAGUGCCAAGCCAAAAAAGUACAAAUAUCCUGCAUUCUAUGAUCCGUAUGGCCCAAGACCUCCACCUUCAGAUAAAAUCGUUCAGCUUGCUGAGCGAAUUGCAGCACUGGCCCCUGAAGAACGCCGCCAACUUGGUCCUACUCUUGCUGAAAGGCUAAGGCAUCCGAAGCUGCAGCCCAUAUCAACAGAAGGCAUGGACCUGGGUUCACAGGGAGGGGCAGCUGCUGGGUCAAAGGCUGAGGAAAAGAAGGUGGAGAAGACAGCUUUUGAUGUGAAAUUGGAGAAGUUCGAUGCUGCUGCAAAAAUCAAGGUGAUCAAGGAAGUCAGGACUUUUACCAGUCUGGGAUUGAAGGAGGCAAAAGAUCUCGUCGAGAAGGUACCUUGUGUGCUUAAACAAGGGGUUACCAAAGAGGAAGCAAAUGACAUAAUUGAGAAAAUAAAGGCUGCUGGAGGAGUUGCUGUUAUGGAGUAGUAUUUGAAGUUCUUUUACCUUGUUGGUUACAUUGUGUUCCUGAAACGAUUUGCAUCGUUGUUUCUGUUCAAUCGGGUUUCUUGAUCUCCGGAAAGUUUUUGCAGUUUUCGAAUA